AUGAAUUUUGCAGACAUCCGAAAACAUUUUUAUCAAGCUCCUGUAUCAGAAAAUGUACCUGAAGGAGGCACUGUACACAUGCAUUGUUCACCACCAGAAGGUGACCCUAAAGUUGAGGUAUUCUGGAUCAAAGAUAGAAAAGAGAUAGAGAGACAAUCUGAUCCCAAUAUGAUCAUAGCCAAUGAUGGUUCCUUGAUCAUUUCUUCAGCACGUUUAUCUGAUUCUGGUAAUUACACUUGCGAAGCCCGAAACAUUGCCAACAAACGAUUUUCUGAUCCUGCACAAAUUGUUGUAUACGUAGAUGGUGAAUGGGCUGAAUGGUCGACGUGGAUCGGUAAUUGUAAAGUAAAUUGUGGUCAGCUGAAACAAGAAAUAAGUAGGCGACGUUCUAAUGCAGUACAUGCCAAAUUGGACGACAUUUGGCCAAAAUUAAUAAGAAGAAGGACUUGUAAUAAUCCUGCACCAAUUAACGGAGGUGCUGAUUGCUUGGGUCAUCCUGAAGAAACUAGUGACUGUCCGAUAGAUUGUCGUUUGGAUGGUCAUUGGUCAAAUUGGUCGUUAUGGUCGCAGUGCAAUGAAAACUGUCACAAAUUUCGAACUCGUUCAUGUAAUUCUCCGCGUCCAACUAAUGGUGGGCAGUUAUGUGGUGGCCGUGAUCUGGAUACUAGGAAUUGUACUCAAGGUGAAGGUUAUUGUACAGCUACAGAAAAACGGACAGCACCUACCUAUAUUGGAUACAACUUAGAAACACAGCUUACAAUGUAUGCUGGUUUAUUUAGUGUGCUCAUCCUUCUUCUUAUUGUAUUGACUUUAAUAAUUUUAUUGCUUUACCGCUGUCGACGGCGAUAUCAGGAAGUACGGAAAGAAGAUAUUUAUUUCGCUGAAAAUAGUGGGCAUGUACGUACUGCAUUAUUACAACAGCGGCAACGGCUGCUUGGAGAUCGAGGUGAUUAUUCAAAAUCGACCCCAAAAGGCAGCAGUGAAUUCUAUACAUUGACAACCACAGCUUCACCAGCUCAUCAUUUUAUUAGACCACCAUCGUUAACACUUGGAUCAGCAAACAGUAGUGGAUAUUCAUCAACAAGAAAAAUUACAGGAUCACGAGUUGCCUUGAUCACUGAAUCGUCGUCGAAUUCAUCGCAUGGUAAAAUUACGAUUGCGCGAACUAACUCACGAACUUCUGACGAAAAUUAUGCAACAUUAUAUGAUUGUGUGGGAGAUGCAAAUGAGCAGUACGGGUCCUUCGAAUUCAGCAAGCAGCCUCAUUUAAUAUUGCCUGCAUAUGUUGAUACCAUGGGAGGACGAUUAGUGCUUAAGCACAGUGCUGUAUCCUUACUUAUACCUGAGGGUGCAUUUCAUACCAACCAUAUGGUAUUUCUUGCUGUUUGUGAUGAUCUCAGCGAUUCACCUAAAUUACCUGAAGGUAAUACAGUGCUAAGUGCCGUGGUGAUGAUCGGUCUCUGUGAUGAAAAUGAAGAUGAUGUUGUCUUCCACAGGCCAUUUAUCAUCACAUUUAAACAUUGUGCUAAUAUUUUCCCGAAAGAUAAUUGGAUCUUUAUGAUUUAUGCAAAAGGUAACCAGAGCAGUACGUGGGAAAUGAUCACACAAAUUGGUGAAGAAGAUAUUAACACACCACUUUACUGUCAAAUGGAUUUGAUGCGGUGUCAUGUGAUGAUAGAACGAUUCUGUAAAUUGUUGUUAGUGGGAAAGCCACGACGAGCAAGUCAAACAACUAUGAAACGAAUGCACAUAGCGGCGUUCGGUCCCUUGCACCGAAUUUCCAAUGAUACUUCAAUUAGGGUGUAUUGUGUACCCGAGACUGGUAGUGCUAUGCAAAGCGUGUUAAGUCAAGAAGAAAAUACUGGUGUCUUGCUAGCUGAGACGGACAACUUUCUGAUGCACGAAAAGGGCGCAUUAUGCGUGUGUUUGGAAGAAGUUUCUACUGGUCUUGUCAAAAAACCUGAAGCGCAAUAUCUGGAAAUACCUUCUAGUCAUCAUAUGUGGUGUGUACAAAAUGGUUUGCACUGUAGUUUGAAGACAGAUGUUCCGGAAGAUUUGCUAGAGACAAUCACAGGUCGUAUUGUUAUUUAUCAGAAAGGGAACGCUGAUGCCCGUAUAGUACUGAAGUUCGAUAUGCAACAUCCAUUGGAAGAUGAGGAAAUGGAAGAUGGCUUCCUUUCUUCAGACUUUUUAUUAGAUCAUGCUACAAAGAGAAAAUUGGCUGAACUUUUCGAUGUUCCCACUGACCCAACAAAGGACUGGAGGGGUCUUGCUACAAAACUACAUCUUCACAGAUAUAUCCAGUACUUUGCUACUAGACCUGGCCUUUCACCAACAUCUCUGAUUCUUGAUUUAUGGGAAGCUGUAGAAUCUGGUUCUCAACGAGCAGUACUGGAUCUUCUACAAAAUGUUAGAAUAAUGGGCCGUCUAGAUGCUGUAACUGUACUCGAAAAUUACCUUUCGGAUUCCAAAUGUGUGAGGAAAUAG